AUGCAAAACGAAAAAAGAGAGCCAUUGAUUGCUACACCUUUUCCAGACAGGUGUUGGUCUAAGUUAGGUUCAGAUUUGUUUCAAUGGCGCGGUUGCACAUAUUUGCUGGUGAUAGAUUAUUAUUCUCGCUACAUUGAAAUAGUUAAACUCAGUUCACUGUCGUCUGCGACUGUUGUUGCGCAUCUUAAAUCAAUCUUGUCACGUCAUGGACUAUGCGACACUAUAGUCACAGACGGAGGUCCGCAAUAUGCUUCGGAUACUUUCAACAAGUUUUGUGCUGAUUACGGUAUCGAGCACAUAACCUCAAGUCCGAGGUACCCUAUGGGUAAUUCAGAAGCUGAACGUGCUGUACAGACUGUCAAACGUCUGCUGAACGCGUGUGAUGAUCCGUAUCUCGCUUUGUUAACAUAUCGGGCUACUCCGUUGCAAAAUGGGCUUUCGCCAAGUCAAUUGUUAUUCGGGCGUCAGAUUAAAACUACACUCCCUCAAGCGCCACAAAAGCUUGAUCCGAAACCGGUAAAUUCUAGAGAGAUACAGCAGAAAGAAAAGAAUUACCGUAAUUACUCAAAAGGAAAUUAA